AUGGCGCGCAGUGUGGAAGAAAAACCCGAAAUAUAUCAUUGUGAAUCUCUCGAGGAACAAAACAGCCCCAACACUCGAGGUAUAUCUGCAUUGGCAGCCAGUGAAGAUGAGCCACAGACGCCGUACCAGCUUGGUUGGCGGACUACAGUUGCGCUGCUUGCCCUCUCAAUGGCGAACGUCUGCGCUGCUCUUUCAAAUACUACAAAUACCACUAUCAAGUUCCAGGUCGCCGCACUUGCUAGGUCACCGGCGGACGCGAGCAAGGCAUCUUGGAUUGCGAAUGGGAAUUUUUUGAUUGUCCUUGCCAUGGGCCCAAUAUUUGGAUCCCUCAGCGAUCGUCUCGGCAAAAAAUGGUUUGUCGUUGGCGGUCCAUUGAUGGGGAUUAUAGGAUCCAUGGUCUCGGGGUCAGCCAAAUCCGUAUACCAGAUUAUUGGUGGCAAUAUCCUAACUGGAUUUGCCAAUGCGGGCUGUAUUGUUUCGAUAUCUUGCAUCCAAGAAAUCAUGCCCAACGCGCUCCGCCCAUGGGCAAUGGGUGUCAGCCAAUUUAUGGCGAGCGCGUUCGUCGUCCUGGGCACCUUCAUCGCCGCCGCUUUUGUGCGAGAUAAUACCGGCGGUGCAGGUGGUUGGCGCUGGGCCUAUUACUUCAAUGGCAUCAUCUACGGGCUCACAGCUGUCUCGAUUAGUAUUGCGUAUUUCCCACCCAAACCACGUCUAGGGCGUCGGAACCAGCUAGGUUCGAUUUUCAGAGGCAUAGACUACCUUGGGAUCCUAAUCAUGUCGGCAUCCUUCACUUCCCUCAUUAUCGGCCUCACAUGGGGUGGUAACACCUACUCUUGGAAUUCGAAGCAGGUCACAGCAACACUCUGUUGCGGUUGCAUCGGUCUUGUGAUCUUCGGUCUGUACGAAGCUUUCGUCGUUAAAGAAGGCAUCCUCGACCACCGUCUCUUUCAAACACUCAAUUUUCCCAUCCUCCUAUUUGUAUGCACUAUCGACGGCAUGCUCCUCCUAGGAGUGAACGUUCUUUACUCCCAACAAAUCUUCGAUCUUUUUUCCCAAGAUGCAGUCCGCAUCGCUGUCAUCCUCUCGCCAUACCUCAUCACCUCAACGUUUGGUUGUAUCCCUGCCGGCUGGAUUAUGGCAUCCACCAAGUCUUAUCGCGAGAUGCUGGUUAUGGCAUUACUUUGGUGUAGCUUGUUUACUGGGUUGAUGGGAACAGUCAAUGCGAAUAGGUUGAGCUGGACGUAUGCAUUCUCAGCGCUGUUUGGGAUCGGCACUGCAGUUACGACGACUAUUCCAGUCGUCGCACUGGGCCUCUCUGUCCCUUCCUACCUCAUAGGGACCGCGGCCACCAUCUCAAUCUCCUGUCGAGCGCUUGGUGGCAACAUUGGCAUUACUAUCUUCACGGCAAUAUACUCAAACAAGUAUGCCUCAUAUGUGGGCGCUAAAGCCGCUAGUGCAACUGAGCAAGGUCUUGCGCCCGUCGAUGUCAACCAAAGUGCGCGGGCAUGGAAAUAUGUGUGGCUGGCGAUUGCCGUGCUAGUGGCUGCAAAUGGCGUUGCAGCAUGCUUCCUAAAGAGCGUGGCGCCAAUGAUGAAUAGCCACAUCGAAAGUGCAUUAGAAGGUGGGAAAGUGAGGGAAGCACAGCUGCAGGCUAUUGACAUAACGGGCGAUACGUAG